UGUUACUCCUCCGUCUGGUCCAGGCUCCACUGCUCCUGAGAACGUCCAAGUGUGCAGCAACAUGAGGAAGUUUUUGUUGGUUCUUCUGAUCGUCUGCGUCGUGGCCUGGGAGUCAGUGGGAUCUACUAGGACUCUUCGUCGGAUCUAUACUCGUAGACGUCCCACAAUUGCUCCACUGGCGUCGUGCCCGGAACCAUUCACGGCGCCUGGUACGAUCAAGUACAACUGCAACCCACCUUACGUACACGGAGAGGCUUGCUGGUGGAGAUGCCCGCCGAGGUACAGGUACCAAUCUGGCAGCCCGGUCAGGCAGUGCAAGGAUGGACAAUGGACCGGGACCAUCAUGUUUUGCGUUCCCGAUCUCUUCCAAGCCUUGUUCGGCAACUGAGCCCACUGCCACAUCAUGCGUUAAAAUGGGAGUCUCAUCAGCCAUACAGGGUGGGACAAAUCCUGAAGAUUCACCACAAACAUGGAGUGACACGUUGAAACAUAUCAAAAUAAGAAGUGUAUCAAAAUGAGGAAUGUAAAAUAAAAGGGCGACCUCUUUCCAUCCAAUGAGAGGUCUAUACAUUAUGCUCUUAUAUAUAUAUACUCUUAUAGGAAACAUGAGUUGAAUGUAUAGUGUCAAGUAAUUGCAUCGAAAAUUUCAGAUCAUGUAAUCAAAACCAGAAUAUAUUUACUCUGACAGAUACCAGGCUCUGACAUGUCUUUAAUAGGAUGUAAGCAGAUGGGCAAAUUCCAAGAACAUUGACUUUUCGUGCGAUGUCUUUAUGUAAGCCGGAGGGGUUACUGAAUGUCACGCAACUGGAGGGCAGGGUUUGGGUCACCAAGUCUCCGUGAUAAUACCUAGCAACCUUCCUUGUUUGUGGAGACUCGCUGGCAACCCUCCUUCGAUUAUGAUUACAACCCUGUGUCAAUCAUGUUUACGAAACAUUGAUACCUCUCCCGCGUUAGUCGAACGUCAAUGUUUUGGCUAGUGCCCAAAUCUGCAUAGCAACCUUCCUUGUCGACGGUCUUUCACGUCAAUCAUGCUCGUCUGUUUCAGGGAUUUUGUACAUUUUAUGACUUGAAGUUUGAGCACAUUUUAAGUUGCGAAAAUGAUCAUUCAUAAAUGAAGAGCCUGACAGUUCGUUAUAACCCUUUUUCGCUAGGACGGGGCUCUUACUACGAUCUAAAAUCUAACAGAUCGCACAAAUAAUGAAUGUAUUAAAAAAGA